GCUGACAGAGAGCCGCACUGCACACUGCCAGGCGUUGACGGGGCGAGGCGGCGAUCCCAUCUGUCAUCGCGAUGGGAAUUACCACAGCGCUCCUUCUGACCCGAGCUCGGACCCCCUACUACCUGAAACCGGUCCACCUGGACACACGGACUAUAAAGCUCUGCAGUUGAGACUAUCAAACUUAGCUUCUCUCCUCCAAUAAACUGAGGAGGAUGACGAUGAUGAUGAUGAUGAUGGUGAGAAACAUCUAGCAGACAACUUGGACAAGGACGUUGUUCGAGCCCCAUCCGUGUUUUGAGUACCAGGACGAUGUAUACUAUGUGCUGGUCCGCAGUGCUCUUAUGUACAGUGGUGAUUGACAUCUCAGCUCGGGUUUUGACUACAACCAGCCCAGCUGAUCCAUCCCUCCUCUCUCCCCGCCAAUAUCAGCACACCGACCCCAACUCAGGCACCCAGCUGGUCUGUGACAAGUGCCCGGCAGGCACCCACGUGUCUGUCCACUGCUCCCCAACAGCAGUGAGGGAGUGCAGCCGCUGCCCUGAAGGCACAUUCACACGGGGCGAGAAUGGGGUUCAGAAAUGCCACCCCUGUCAGGCCCCGUGUACUGCAGGCUUCAUUGAGAAAGCAGCCUGCACGCCCAUCCAGGACAGAGUCUGCACAUGUCCCCCCAACAGCUUUUUGUUUGGGGAUGGUGCCACAGAGUGUAGGCCUCACUCGCUGUGCCCCCCAGGGACCAGGGUGAAAAGGCGGGGCAGUGAAACAGAGGACGUGCUCUGUAGGCCGUGCACCAAGGGUACUUUCUCCGCUGUGGAGUCCAGUGUGGUGAAGUGCCAAACCCACACGGACUGCCAAGCUCAGGGGCUGGUGCUGCUCACACCAGGGACUAAAGAGACAGAUAAUGUGUGUGGACCCCCUUCUACAGCCCCCAUUUCCUUUUCAUCUUCACCUGUCUCCACAAGCACCCUACUGGGUCCUACACAGCCUGUGCCUGUGCAGGAAGCCAUGACUUCUUCAUCCACUCCAUCACCAUCACUGACUGGACCUGCACAUCAAGGCACCUUCAGCCAGUCAGCAGCCAUUCAACUGAGGGGAAACCCUGGUGGGGAAGACCAACGUGCAGGGGGGCUAUUCCUUAGCCGGUCUGGCACUCCCACCCAACAAAAUUGUGAUCCCCCACAGACUCCACCGCUCCCAGCUCAGAAGCAGCUCAUGGACCUCGAGCACCAGCAGGGGCAACCCAAUUCUGACCCUGUGCCAGGCCCCAACAAGAGGAUUGUGGAGGGUCUGGAGGGGGCAGAGGUAGUCAGGGUUAGGAUGGGUAUCAGCAAGCUAGCUGGGCAGGGGAGCGGAGGAGGUGGAAGUGGGGUCUCCAGCUACUACAAGCCCACUCGUAGGGGGUCCCCAAGGCCAAGCACCCACGAUCACUUUGACAUCAACGAGCACCUUCCCUGGAUGAUAGUGCUGCUGCUCCUGCUGGUCCUGGUGGUGAUCGUGAUCUGCAGUGUGAAGCGGAGUUCUCGCGUGCUGAAGAAGGGUCCCAUGGACCCUAGCAGCAUUGUGGAGAAGGCAAUUCAGAAGAAACCAUCCGUGCCUUCAAUGCAGGUCAAAGAGAAGUGGAUCUACUACUCCAACGGACAGGGGGUGGAUAUCCUGAAGCUGGUGGCGGCCCACGUGGGCACCCAGUGGAUAGACGUCUAUCAGUCGCUGGCCAACGCCACGGAGAGGGAGGUGGCUGCCUUCUCUAAUGGCUACUCGUCGGAACACGAGCGAGCGUACGCCGCGCUGCAGCACUGGACCAUCCGCGACAGCGACGCCAACCUGGCCAAGUUAAUCAACGCCCUCCACCGACAGCGCCGCAUCGACGUGGUAGAGAAGAUCCGCUGCGUCAUGGAGGACAACCCACAGUUUGACAUCAACCAGCUGAUGACCUCAGUGAAUGUAAGCCAAAGCUUCAGCCCCGUCCACAAGCCGCUGGGGUCUCCCAGCAGCAUCUGCAGCAACAGCGGUGGUAGCACGGGCGGGGCCAGCGGCGGGGCCGUGGAGCAGUCGCCGGUGGACCGGAGCAAAUGCUUCUUCCCCGACGAAUCAGAGCCCCUGCUUCGCUGUGACUCCACCUCCAGCAAAGACUCCGCCCUCAGCAGGAACGGCUCCUUCAUUACCAAAGAGAAGAAAGACACUGUUCUCCGGCAGGUGCGUCUGGACCCGUGCGACCUGCAGCCCAUCUUCGACGACAUGCUGCACAUCCUGAACCCAGAGGAGCUGCACGUCAUCGAGGAGAUCCCAGCUGCCGAGGACAAGCUGGACCAGCUGUUUGAGAUCGCGGGAGUCAAGAGUCAGGAGGCCAGCCAGACACUGCUGGAUUCGGUCUACAGCCACCUCCCGGACCUGUUAUAGUGGAGGAGGGAAGGGAGAAACCACACGGAUGAGAAUCAGCACAGAAAUAGAAAGGAAUGCCUUAGUGGGAAGAAUGACUCAGAUCUGAUGCUGUUCAGAACAGCUUGGCUUGAUAUUUGAUCUGAUGACUCGUCAUGUCACAUUCUCACAGGAUUUGAGCUAGGUGUUGUAGAUCAGGUGGCCAUCUACACUGCUCUCUUUCAAGUCUUUACUGGUACUUUACUCCUCCUAACCCUCCAAACGUCUUCAAUUGUCUUGUGUGAAUUCACUGUUACUCUUUCAAAAUACUUCCCCCCACUACCAUGAUACAGGGUCGAUGCUCAUUGUAAUUACAGCAUUCAUGUGUCACACCAAGGAGUCCUUUGGUUAAGGUGGUAUAAUGAUAGUAUUGUGACCCUAACAAAAAGGCUUAACAGCCUCUAAAUUUAGAAAAAGCUGGUUUAGAGAAGCUGACUAAAUGGAAAA